AUGAACGUUUGGAGAGGAUACAACGGUCAUGUUUAUUUUGAACCAAUCAAAUAUACGCGUUUAGAAAAUGAACGUGACAUUUAUAGUGUGAACACAAAUGAUGCACCAUUUAGAUUAAAUAAAAAUUCAAAACGUCACUCUUUAGCACACGAUACUCGUUCUCGUCAACAGCAAACAAAACGUUCUUAUACAACUAGCUCAACACGAAAACCGAAAACAUCGGCAGUUCUCAACAGUCACAAAAUUAUAAUUGAUGGUCCAUUAUCUAUCAUAAAAGGAAAAUCUAUAAUAUCAAAACCAUCAUCAACUACUCAAUACGAACAACAUCGUCAACAAAAUAUUGCUACACAAUUUUCUAAUCAUUCACUACUAAAUGAUCCUUGUAUUGUUGCUGAUGAAACAGUGUCAAUUACUGAAUCACCAUCGAAAUUAAAUAAUAAUACGUUAGAAACAUUUGUACAGCAAGAACUAAACGAAAAUAUGUGGCAAUCUGUUAAAACAUGUGCACCUAUUCAAAUAAAACCCAUAUCAAAACGAAGUAAACAUUUGAUUGAAGAUAUGCAACAUUUACAACAAGAACAAAAUAUUCAAGAUCCAACCGGAUAUUAUCGACAAGUGUUACCCAAUAUUAAACCAAUACCAAAAUAUAAAAAUAUCUAUAAAGGUUUAGCAUAUAAAGAGGGAAAAAAAAUUGCUAGUAAUAAUUCUGAAAACGAUGCACCCAAACCAUUAGUCUCCUAUAAUCUUGCGCAAGCUUACGCUCGUUUCGAAAUCAAUGCUUCUAAAAAUAAAGGUCAACAAAAACAACAAGAGCAACAACAAACACCAUUCAAUACUCCAUUUAAAGAACAGACACCAACAGCUACUAAUUACGAUAUAAAAGAAAUGCGUAAACGGAUUGUAAGAGGAACAACGCUAGCUUAUCGACCACCACCCGUAACUGGAAAUUGGACACCUGGACGUGGCGGUGGAGGAUCUGAAUCAGCAGCAUCAGUAAGCAAUGUCAAAGUGAAAGGAGAAUUAAUAACAAAAGCCCCAAUGUUAAAUCAUGUCUUAUUUUUGCAAUCAUCACAUAUGCCUGUUAACAUGACCACAGUCGACUCUAAUCAUAAACAAGUAUCGCUAAUUGAUUGCACAAAUAUAACAUCACCAUUUACUAAAACUUCACGGGUACAGACACAUAAUAUACGUUCACGCACACAUUAUACGACACCAAAUCAAUCACAACAGCAAUCAAGAAUUUUUAGUUUAACACCUAAUUUUGUUACUCUUGGACAAACAAUGAUAGUUUCUUAA